GGUGGAGGCCAGACACACAAGCUUUAACACUGUCCUGCCGGGAACGUAAUAAAAGGCAGGUUCACAGAUUCUGUCCUGGUCUGAGACGCCUCAGGUGUCAGGACGUCCUCCUGUUCUUCUGUGGAACCACCAGCUGCUCAAACACUGAAGCUGUCUCAUCUAAAAAUUUAAAAAAGGAACAUUUCAGCUCGUUCCUGAGGCUGCUCUCACUUUCCUUUCUUUAAAGAAUCGUUUGUAUUUUGGAGAGCAACAGGAAGGCUGCAGGCCACUUCCUGUCAGAUGCCAAGGCUUUCCCGCUCCUUCACGUCGCUCUUUUCAUGGCUUGACACCUAACUGCCACCUGACCCCUCCCUCCGCCCCUCCUCCUCCCCCCUUCGUCGCCCCUCAACAUGUCCGACCGCCUCCUGUCCCGCUGUCCCGCGCGCUCGAGGGAAUCAGGGCAGGUAAAGAAGUGAGCGAAGCUUUAGUUAAGGAACUUACGUGGGAUUCAUAAGCUCCGCCCUCUCCGGGGAACGCACCAGACUCUUGACAGGUGGGACGCUCUGAUGCAAGAUGGCGGCCGGCGUGGCGACGUGGCUGCCGUUUGCACGGGCGGCGGCGGUGGGCUGGCUGCCGCUGGCCAAGAAGACGAUGCCCAAACCUCCAGUGGACAACUCGUCCAGAUCUGAUGAGAUCCUGUACGUGAACGUCAGCGGCGUCAGGUUUCAGACAUGGAAGAACACUCUGGAUCGUUACCCUGACACGCUGCUGGGUUCUUCAGAGAAGGAGUUUUUCUACAACGAGGACACACAGGAAUAUUUCUUCGACAGAGACCCUGAAAUGUUCCGGCACAUCCUGAACUUUUACCGCACCGGGAAGCUCCACUACCCGAGACACGAGUGCAUCCAGGCCUUCGAUGAGGAGCUGGCCUUCUACGGCAUCGUGCCAGAGAUCAUUGGAGACUGCUGCAUGGAGGAAUACCGAGACAGGAAAAAAGAGAACCAGGAGCGUCUGGCGGAGGACACCGAAGCCAACGAGGCAAUGGAUGCCCCCCUCCCUCCGCACAGCACCUCCAGGGAGCGUCUGUGGCGAGCCUUCGAGAACCCCCACACCUCCACCAUGGCGUUGGUCUUCUACUACGUCACCGGCUUUUUCAUCGCCGUGUCCGUCAUCGCCAACGUGGUGGAGACGGUCCCCUGUCGGCCUCCUAAGGGCAGCCUCAAAGACCUUCCCUGCGGGGAGAAAUACCAGCUGGCCUUCUUCUGCAUGGACACAGCCUGCGUGCUCAUCUUCACCUUCGAGUACCUGAUGCGUCUGUUCGCCGCACCCAGCCGCUGCAAAUUCAUGCGCUCUGUGAUGUCGGUGAUUGAUGUGGUGGCCAUCAUGCCCUACUACAUCGGCCUGGUGAUGCCCGAGAACGAGGACGUGAGCGGCGCCUUCGUCACCCUCCGGGUUUUCCGUGUCUUCCGGAUCUUCAAGUUCUCGCGUCACUCACAGGGUUUGAGGAUUUUGGGCUACACGCUGAAGAGCUGCGCCUCUGAGCUCGGCUUCCUGCUCUUCUCCCUCACCAUGGCCAUCAUCAUCUUCGCCACUGUCAUGUUCUACGCCGAGAAGGGCACCAAGGGCUCCACCUUCACCUCCAUCCCCGCCUCCUUCUGGUACACCAUCGUCACCAUGACAACGCUCGGGUACGGCGACAUGGUUCCCAACACCAUCGCAGGGAAGAUCUUCGGCUCCAUCUGCUCUCUCAGCGGCGUGCUGGUGAUCGCCCUGCCGGUCCCCGUCAUCGUCUCCAACUUCAGCCGAAUCUACCACCAGAACCAGAGAGCGGACAAGAUGAGAGCGCAGCAGAAAGUGCGCUUGGCUCGGAUCCGUAUGGCAAAGAAAGGAACAGCCAACGCCUUCCUCCAGUACAAAGAAGACAGAGCGAUAGGGGACCGUGACAGUGACAGCACAGCUCUGUGUGUGAAGAACAGAUCAGCGUUCGAGCAUCAACACCACCACCUGCUGCACUGUCUGGAGAAAACAACGAACCACGAGUUCACGGACGAGAUGACCUACAGCGAGCUGUGUAUGACGGAGUCCGUCGGCUUCAGGACGAGUCGUAGCACCUCCCUGUCCAGCCAGCAGGGGGCGCAGAACAACUCCACCGGCUGCUGCCCCCGCCGGGCCAGGAGGAGAGCCGCCAUGCGACUGGCCAACUCCACAGUGUCCGUCAGCCGAGGGAGCGUCCAGGAGCUGGACACCCUGCACAUCAAAACCACGUCCAUACCACCACAAACUCGUUCCAGUCUCAACGCCCAGGCGGACGACCUGAAGCUGAACUGCGAGGAGCAGGAUUUCACCGCGGCCAUCAUCAGCAUCCCCACGCCCCCCGCCAACACGCCUGACGAGAGCCUCCCCCCGUCACCCGCCCCCAUCCCCGGCAUCCUGCGCAACACCCGCGCCACCACCUACACCCACGAAACUGUCAAAAUCUCAUCCUUAUAACCUCCAACCUCACCCGCAACCUCCCCCCGUCUCCCUCUCUGCAGCCCCCCCAGUCACCCUCCCUGUGAAGUCUGAACUUUAAAGAUCCCUUUGAACCUCUGAUCCUGAACCAGGGGCGCUGCUAGCUGACAUUUCGGGGACAAAGACUGCUCAGAUGGAUACUUUGAGCACCGCCGGGUGCUUUCACAUCCUCGCACCAUUUUGUGAUUUAGGUGGAAUGAACACAGAACAGCAUCUGAUGAGAGCUGAGAACCCAAGGUAAAUUCAGAGACAGGGACUUCUCCCACGGACUUUUCCUUUUUCUUAAGAAUUGGCCCCUUGUGCGUUUCAGGCCCCGACAAGCACUUGACCUCUGCACAGUUUUGACUUUUGGACCUCAUUGCACAAACCCUUUGAAGGGUUCAUUCUUGACUGACAAUUGAAAAACAGAAAGACUGACACUCAGCACCUCAAAGCCAACUGAUGGACUUGGUUCACUGGGUCCAUGUGGUGUCCCCACCGAACAUACAGGAGGGGUUCAAACCUGACAUGGACUGUUGACGUGUCAUUGAACUGAGGGACUGCCGACCAUUGGACGAUCAUGUAGACUCAGCUGGUUUGGCGUCGAACUCGUGUGAUUGGAGAAAGACGGAACAGAGACGGAUCGAACACAACCAAAAAACCCUCGCGGCCAUGGCUACAGUUUUUUUGAUUACUUUAGAUGUUGGUUGUUGCUGGAACAUGAUGCAUCUCAGGCCAAUGAAAGAAGGACGCGCUGAUUGGUAGUUUGGCUUAAUUCAAACCUGGAUGGUUUCAUUUCCUGCGGCUCCGGUCUGGAGCUUAGAAGCCUGAUUACAGGGAAAAUGCUCAGUCGAGUGUAAUGUUGUAGGUUUAAGCCCCAACAGUCGGUCAAGAUGUCCGAUGGAUGGAUGGAUGAAGGAUGACUCUGGAGUCAAAUGGAGCUCCGAAGUGUGUAGGACUGAUCUCUGGUUCUAAAUCAGCAGCUGGAGACGCUUCAGGUCAUUUCAGGUCAAACUUUUAUCAGCAUCAGUUCUGUGAAGUGAAAGGACAUGAAGAUGUUGGACUGAUGAUCCUGACACUGCUGAAACUGAACUGGGUUUAACUGAUCUGUGCUGAGCCUGAAUACUGUUCACACAGCUACACUGAGCUAACUGCAGCUUAAAGGAGCUGAACUGGGCCAAACCAAACUGGUCUGAGAAGAACUGGAUUUACCUGGUUUUCUAAAUGGGACUGUGGAGAGAGGUGGUCUGAAUGAGGGAUUCUGGACUGGAUUGAUCUAGUCUGAUGUGAACUGAUGUGGUCUGACUGUAGCUCAGAAGUGU